AUUGUCAAGUAGUGAAAAUAGGAACUAUCUUUAGAAGUUAAAAGUCUAAACAGAUAUCAAAUUAAAAUUUUAAACUAUUUAUGCUUUAUCAGAAGUAAUUCAUAAAAUAUUUGUGCAUGUGCAAUUAUUCUUGUGAUAUACGCAGUUUAAGGCGUGGCUAAAUACAGGAAACUAAUAAAAUCGGCGGUGCUGAAGCGUUUCCGUUGCCUUUGUCUUGACAUUUGAGGAAUUUCAUUAACGCCAGACAAAGCAAGUUUUCAGAUUACAAGCAAUUUAAAAACGAAGCAGUGAAAAAGUUAAUAUUACGCUUAAAAUUUAAAAUAACUAUUUUAAAAACAACGUGUUUCACAGUGUUUUUAUUAACUACCCGGUUUAAAUGUUUAACAAACAUCUAGGAGCCAAUUCGGCCAUAAUGGAGGCGUUGGAAACGCCACCUGGAAUCGGGAAUGUUGCAACAACAGGUCCAAGCCAUGCCACCAGCGAUGAUUUCACAUCAAUUGAUUGCUGCUCACCCGUUGCCAAAUAUGAGCUGACCGAUAACUCCACAGAUCAUUCGUUUCUUCUCAUGGAUGCUGAAGAAAAUUUGCGUAUAGCGACCGCAGACCGCUUCCGUCAGCGACUAAAAUGCAGCGAUGAUACAAAAAUCAAAGUGAUCUCUAUAUUUGGCAACACCGGCGAUGGCAAAUCACACACCAUGAAUCACACGUUCUUCGGCGGCGCUGAGGUGUUCAAAACGUCAGCGGAGCAGAGUUCCUGCACGAUAGGCGUGUAUGCGGCUUUACAGCGCAACAUGGACGUGCUUUGUCUGGAUACGGAAGGCCUGUUGGGCACCUCCAAGCAGAAGAAUCGACGCACGCGCAUGCUGUUGAAGAUACUGGCCGUGUCGGACAUUGUCAUUUAUCGCACACGCUCCGAGCGCUUACACAGCGAUAUGUAUGAGUUUUUGGGCUCUGCGUCGGAAGCAUUCUGCUUGCAUUUCGCGCAGGCACUACAGUCGCUGCCCGUGCCGGGCACAGCGCAAACGCUUGGCCCCGCCGUCUUCAUCUUCCACGAAACACAGCAUACAAAUCCGCUUGACAGCUCUGUCGCUGAAAGCGCCGAAGAUCAAUUGCGCAAACAAUUCGACAUGCAUAACCACAAAAUAAACGCGUUUAGCUCGUUGCGCUAUAUUGGCGUACAAACACUGAAACAUUUGGCCACCGAUUAUAGCAAAUUAAGGGAUGCCAUCAAAUUGGAAAUCGCCAAUACCACAGUACGCUCGCCACGUCAUCCCAGUGUUGUGUUCAAAGCGAUGAAUGCGCUCAAUACGAAAUUCUCCGGUGAAAUUACUGAGGAAACCAUAAAUCCGUUUCCCGAGCAAUUUUUCACUUGCCCAGUGCGUUGUGAGGCAUGCAAUCAGCGUUGUCAGCGUUCAAUGGGCCAUAUGAGUGACGGCGAUGGUCAUAUGAAUCAAAACCAAUGUAAUUAUCAGCAUCAGUAUGACAAUAAGAAGUACAUGUGUGAGAAAUGCUACAACAAAGGCAAAAUGAACGUCGUCACAUUUACUACACAAACACGCAGCGACAGCUCCUGGUCCGGACUGGCAAAAUAUGCUUGGAAGGGCGCCGUUAUCGAUUGUCCAACUUGCGGAGAAAUUUACAGAUCACGACAAUAUUGGUUUGGCAAUAAAUCGCCGGAAGAGACAGCUGUUAGAUCCAUUAUAGUACACGCUUGGGAGCCAAAAGGUCCCACACACUCGGCACAAAUGGUGCUGGAUAAAGUAUCCACGCUCGGUGAUGCAUUGCCGAAGCUACAUCCGAAUGCUGUGACCGGUUGGUUAGCGGAUUGGGUGGCACCCAGUUAUUGGAAACCAAAUAGCGAAAUUAUUAACUGCCAUGCAUGCAAGAAAGUUUUCGAAAAUACUGGUUUGCUUAAACAUCACUGUCGCUGCUGUGGCGAAGGUUUUUGUCACGCAUGUAGUAUGAAUCAGUUGCCAGUGCCAGCGCGUGGCUGGCGAGAUCCGGUGCGUGUGUGUAAUAUAUGUUAUACGCUGCUGCAGAAACAGCCAAAUGGAGUGCCGGCAAAUACAACCGAAGCAUUUAAUCAUACCAAUUCCAAUUCAAAUUCAAAUCCAAAUAAUAAUAUCACAGGCCAAACAACGACUGAGCAAGCUGACAUAAGUCUGCGCCAAAUCGGCGAGGUGAUCAUCAAUCCGUUGGGCAACAUAACAAAGGGUGCCUAUGAAUUUACCAAAGGAAUCAUCAAGGACACUGCACGACCCUCAUACUGGGUAUCGGACGCCAGUUCACCCACCUGCUACAUUUGUCAGACACUUUUCGGCACUGCCGAAGAGCUAGCCAUAGCAAAGGCCAGUGGCGCCUCCACGAGCAGCCGAAACACAAAACACACACAUGACACACAAGCAAAAGACAAUAUAGCCAAUGGCAAUAUGAGUGAUAGUAUCACAAGUAAUCUAUCGAAUGGCGGCGGCAAAUGUAACAUACCAUCGCCGAUUGGCCACUGUCCGCGUCAUCAUUGUCGGCGUUGCGGUAAAGCGGUUUGCGAAAAAUGCUCACAACAACGCCAACCAGUGCCCGAGCAUGGCUGGGAUGAGCAGGUGCGUGUCUGUGAUAAAUGUGCCGAUCCAAAACAAUGCGAGCCGACCGCCAGUUGCAGCAACAAUGCUAAUAACGGCAGCGCCGAUUGAAUUCGCAUGCGCAUAAAUUACUUUGCUAUGAUUUUGUUUUUGUUUGAAGUUUGCAUUUAUACGCAUAUGCCACUGGUAUGGCGGCAUUUGCACAUUGGACUGAGCAGUAAAAGGCCUACAAAUCGUAAAAAUUCGCACACACAAAUAUAAGCAUUACCACAUAUCUCAUAUUCAUUUUCAUACAUUUUAUUUGUUAAAAUUAAUUUUCUAUAGACAUAUACAUAUUUGAGCGGUUAUGCGUCCAGUGAAAUAUGCAGCUUUGCUUUUCUUCACACAAAAAUGGUCAGUUUCUUGUACAAGUAGAGUUAUUUUCCAACACAGGAGUGGUUAGUUUCUUAUAUAAGAGUGGUUAAUUUCUUAGAUAAGAGUGGGCAGUUUCUUGUAUAAAAGUGGUCAGUUUGUUAUGUAAAUGUAGCUUGUUUCUUAUAUAAGUGUGGUGAAUUUCUUAUAUAAAAGAUUAUACGCAUCUAAAGUAUAUAUUUUGUACUUAUGACAAUGGUAAACCAAUAUAGCUGUGCUUAUAUCUUAAAA